AAGGUUAGGGUUUGCGUCCACAGACUUUCAGUCCCUCGUCAAGAUAAGAGUCGGAUUUUUGAAAACACCACAGCAAUUUACUCAAUAACCUUACGCAUAUCCUACAAAAAUGGCAGCUCAUAUCAGCAAAAAGCGCAAGUUCGUAGCUGACGGUGUAUUCCGCGCAGAGUUGAACGAGUUCUUCACUCGUGAGCUCGCAGAAGAAGGUUACUCUGGAUGUGAUGUUCGUGUCACCCAUGCCCGUACCGAGAUUAUCAUCCGUGCUACCCACACCCAAGAAGUCCUUGGUGAAAAGGGCCGUCGUAUCCGUGAAUUGACCGCGCUUGUCCAGAAGCGUUUCAAGUUCCCUGAAAACUCCCUCGAGCUUUACGCCGAAAAAGUACAGUUCCGUGGUCUCUCCGCCAUUGCUCAGUGUGAGAGCUUGAGGUACAAACUCCUUGGUGGUCUCGCUGUCCGUAGGGCUUGCUAUGGUGUCCUCCGUUUCGUUAUGGAAUCUGGUGCCAAAGGUUGUGAAGUUGUUGUCUCAGGAAAGCUUCGUGCUGCCCGUGCCAAGUCGAUGAAGUUCACCGACGGAUUCAUGAUCCACUCUGGUCAGCCCGCACGGGACUUUGUUGACUACGCAGUCCGACACGUCCUGCUCAGGCAGGGUGUACUCGGUAUCAAAGUUAAAAUCAUGAAAGGUUCGGACUCUGAAGGUCUGGUCGGUCCUCGCAAGCCAUUGCCCGAUUCCGUCCAGAUUAUAGAGCCACCCGUCGACAAAAUCGUCUCCGAGCCUUCCUCCGAGUCCCGAGAGCCAGUUAUUGUUUCGGCUAACCAGCCUCCUGCAGAGGAGCCUGCCGCUGCAUUCGCUGAGCCUGCUUACCAAGCUGAUGCAUCAUUUGCUGAGGCCACUUUCUGAUCUAUCAGUUGUGGAUUUACCGGAGAGGGUUGAGUUUUGUUGACUGUACUCGUAGUAUAUGCAUACUUUACAGUUUGUCAUGCAGCAACGAUAACACGAUGAAUGCACUAUCAUGUUCAAAGUAUUCAACGAAUGUUAUUCACAUAUUCCGUUCCCGC